AUGAUGCUCCGAACUCUAUUCAUUAUCUUAUGGCUAGCGCCUUUUAGGCUAACAAUUCACAAUUCCGAUACACCAUUUCAGUAUCACAAUUUCAAACUAAUUCGAAUAAAUCCCGAAACCGAAGAGAACGUGAAAUAUUUGCGAACGCUUUACGAGGACUCGUCGCCAUAUGAACUUGACUUUUGGCAGCCUCCAACGCAUAUUGGAGCAAUUGUCGACGUCACCGUCGCGCCUUCUGAUGCCCCAUUGUUUGUCAAGGACCUCGAAUCGAAACACAUCAACUAUAUCGUGGCUGUCACCGAUUUGUCGAAAGCGAUCGAAAGCGAGAAAGGAAGUGAUUCGGCUUAUAACCACAGUCCUGUCAAUGGAUUUGCCUAUGAUCGCUAUAAUAGUCUUGAAGAGAUUCACACCGAAAUGAAGCGGCUUAAAAAAGAAUAUCCGACGAUGAUCACAUUGAUCGACAUCGGACAGAGUCAUGAGAAUCGAACCCUUCUGGUUAUGAAGAUUACUGGAAAGCGAAAUCCAUUAGGCUCAAAAAUAUCCAUGUGGAUCGACGGUGGAAUCCAUGCGAGAGAGUGGAUUUCGCCAGCUACUGCGAUGUACAUGGCGCAUGAGCUGCUUCUUGGUUAUGAGAAUGAUCCGACAAUUCAAAAACUCCUCGAUCAUAUCGAUUUCUACUUCUUGCCCGUCCUUAAUCCAGAUGGUUAUGAAUAUUCAAGGACAAAGAAUCGAAUGUGGAGGAAGAAUCGAAGUCCCGCGAAGUGCCAUCGAACGCAGUUCCGAACGGUUUGCUGCUCGGGUGUCGAUCUCAAUAGAAACUUCGACUGGUUUUGGGCAUCUACUGGAUCAUCGUCGGACCCUUGCCACGACACCUACCACGGAACUUCAGCAUUCUCUGAGCCUGAAUCGCAAGCAGUUCGCGACUUCCUCGAGCAGAACACGCCUGAAGCAUUCAUCUCCCUUCAUUCUUAUUCGCAAAUGUGGCUCAUUCCCUACGGCCAUAGAAAGCUCAGUUAUCCUCAGGAUUAUCACACCGGACUUCGACCAUUGGCAUUACGAGCCACCAAGGCUCUUUAUGAGCUUUAUGGUACCAAAUAUCAAGUGGGAACCGGAGCUGACAUGAUGUACGAGGCUUCUGGAGGCUCACACGAUUGGGCUAAAGGGCAGCUCAAGGUUCCAUAUUCAUUUCUCAUCGAGUUGCGACCGAAAAAUUCGAUGAUGGGUCACGGAUUCCUAUUGCCAGAACGCGAAAUCGUGCCAACCGGCUUGGAAACGUUUGAAGCGAUCAAGGUAGUCGCUGACGAAUUAGUCGCGCAGUUCGUGGAACCAGUCAUCCGAUCCAAACUGAUUGCAUCAACUGUGACUCCAAAACGACGAGGGUACUCGGUGAUUCAGACAACAACGCAAAACGCUGUGGAAACGACGACGACGACGGAGCCGACAACGACGGAGGCAACGACGACACCUUCGAGCACAACAACCACUACCUCAACUCCUUCUACAAAUGCGCCGACAACAUCAACACCAAUAUCGACAACUACCACUACAACGAGCGCUACCACGACCACAACCGAAGCGCUGCCCACAACGACGACGACAGUGGAAGAAACCACGGAAACCUAUGUGACGAGCCCAGUAUUCAUUCGAUCUGGCUCAAGAUUUGUAGCGGUCACCCCAACAACUGUCGCUAAAUCUCAGGAAACCACUUCUGAUCCAAUUGCCACGAGUGCUCCAUCACUCAAAUGUCACGACUUCGGAAGCUACUGCCGAUUAUGGGGUGUUCUACAAUUGUGCUAUCGCGAUCAAGUGAGCACACUUUGCCCAAAAACUUGCGACUCGCGAUGUUCGGUUUGA